AUGGUCCGUCUUAAAAACCGAUAUCUCCUCCUCGACAUCCUCUAUCCGGACCCAAAAACAUGGCCAGCCUCAACCCAAUCCACGAAGAACAACCCGAAAUCCGCGCAGCUGGCCAUCCACUCCCCGACCUCUGACGCGUUGACGCCGGGCCUUCUCGCCAAGAUGGUGCGCGAGGAAGUAGCCGAAUUAUAUGGAGAUUGGGGCGUUGGCAAGCUUGGUGGUGCCUCUGCCACUGGACUUAAUGUGAAAUAUCUCUCCCCGGCAACCUCGACCGCUAUCCUCCGCUGCCCACGUUCCUCAUUCCGAAUCGUUUGGUCCGCACUUACAUACAUGUCCCACGUGCCAGAGCCCGGGUCCGCAGCACAAAAAAGGCCCAAUGGAGGCCGUGAGCGGCCGUGCGUAUUCCGCGUGCUCAGGGUAUCCGGUACGAUGAAGAAGGCAGAGGAGGAGGCUAUUCGCCGCGCUAGAAGGGAGAUUGUGCGCAUUCGAGGUGUGGAAGAGAAGGGUGUUUUGGGAGAUUUGAUAUCCGGCGCCGAGGAUGUGAAGGGUCAAGUUGAUCGCACUGUGCCUGUUACUAAUGAUAUUAUGGAUGACAGUGAGGACGAAGAUAUGGAUGAUGAUUGA